GAGUCAUCAAUCAUCAGUGCUCAAUCUCGAAUUGGUUUAUUAAUUGCCUGUCUGCCCGUUGGCAGCGUGCACUUGGUACGGCGUACAAUGUCACAAGUAGCCUCUAGUGUCAGGCUCGAGGCCCCUGCCAAAUGCUAAAUAAGCGGCAGCUAGAAUGCAGCUCCGGACUGGCGGCUCGCACUUUCGCCCCGGAAGGAGCGAAAACUUUUCGCCGUGGUGCACGGGCUUCUCGACACAAAUCGCCUCGCAAAAUCAAUCCACCCUACUGCUAACAGCGGAUCGCCAACGCCGACAGGGGAAUUUUGAUACGACCAACUCACCUCACAACCUCCAGCACUCGACAUCAGUACGUGACACUGCUCUUCUCUCCUGUGUGCCGACGACCCUGCCGAACUGUCCUUCUAAUCCGCAUACCCCCCCCCGCAAACAGAACUUCGUCGAAAAUGGGUGACGCGACCAUCUCUGCUCCCAAGUGGCGCCUCGUUGAGGUCGGCCGUGUCGUCCUGAUCCAGGAGGGCCCUUCCGCUGGCCGCCUGGCCACCAUUGUCGAGAUCAUCGACCACAAGCGCGCCCUGGUUGACGGCCCCGCCUCCGAUGCCGCCCUCGCUGUUCCCCGACAAGCCGUUUCCUUCUCCAACGUCCUGCUCUCCGACCUCGUGGUUGCCAACCUGCCCCGGGGCGCCAGGACGCCAACCGUCAAGAAGUUCUGGGAGAAGGCCGAGAUCGACAGCAAGUGGAAGGCGUCCAACUGGGCCAAGACCAAGGCCCAGCAGGCCAAGCGAUCGGCCCUGACCGACUUCGACCGCUUCAAGGUCCUGCGCCUCAAGAAGCAGCGACGAUUCGAGGAGCGCAAGGCCAUCGCCAAGGUCAAGGCCUCCGCGUAAGCGAACCCCCCCACCUCGGCAAACGACAGACAUCGAAGAGUUCGGGUUUCGCGCGUCAGGGCAAGCAAGUGAGGGAUCGGUUCGGCGGUGAUGGCGGUCGUGUGCACUGCGCGGCCGGCUGGGCGAUGGUGGAUGGUGUUCUACUAGAGGUGUGACGGUAUUCUGGACGGCACUGCAUGAACACAACAACCAACACGACAGCAUUUUGGGCCGCUGGGUUUUCUUUGCUGCGUUUAACGGAUCAUAUCACCUUCAAAAAGGCAAAGGUGGCCGGCGUCAAUGAUAGGGAAAUUCAGAAACCGAAGAAUCAAGACCACUCGUCAUGGUCCAAACCAAAUUAUUGUGAUACCAACCAACCAAAGUUUCUACAGUUGUAAUCAAAGUGAGGAAGCGUCGUGCCGAACAAAUGGGUUUCGGCCCGCAUCAGGAAACAGGAUCUACGCACUCUGCCGAAAUGGUCCCCCCGGCCCACCUGGUACGUGUUGUUACUUUGACGAUGUCAUGGGGAGGGACAUGCCACCAGAGACGAGUGCGACCAACAUGCUGCAGCAGUCACCAAGGAAGAAGGGAAGGAAGCAUUCCUAAGUAGAUGUGUGAUUCUAUAUAAUCCACAGGUGAUUAUAGUGUAAUGUGAGCGAGUCUAAAAUGCUCAUUUUCACGAGUGCCCGAA